GCAACACACAGCUUAUCAGUUCCCAGUCCUGUUAUGUCCUAAAACGGCAUUCCAGCCCUCUCUCUGCCACUGUUCGGGUCAGUGAGUUGACCAGCCUGCUAGAAAAUAGGAUUUUCUUCAAAGGGACCCGUGGGCUGACUAUGCCCCGCCCCUUCAUCAUAUGGGCACCGACGUCAGCGCGUAGCAUGAUCUCCGCUGUUCCUUCCGCAGAGUCUCCAUCUCCAGCCGGUUUAAUCACCGUGAACUCCACACGGACAGAGCCCAGGGUUUAGCAGCAAAAACACCGCCUUAUCAGCAGAUCAACGUCGGACAUGGAAGCAGCCUCCUCUUCCAGUCAGUGCAGUUACAGUUAUGAACAGUACAAUGAGACUGCAGACUGGUUGAUGACACAAACAGAGAAGCGUCCUAAAGUGGCCAUCAUCUGUGGUUCGGGCCUUGGGGGUCUGGCCGAACUGCUAGAUGACAAGAUCAUAUUCCCGUACAAAGAUAUUCCACGUUUCCCCACCAGCACUGUGCAGGGCCAUGCAGGUCAGUUGGUGUUUGGGAAGCUGCAGGGCUGUGAGUGUGUCUGCAUGCAGGGGCGAUUCCACUUCUAUGAGGGCUACAACAUUCACACGGUGACAUACCCGGUGAGAGUUUUCUUCCUGCUGGGCGUGGAAAUUCUGAUUGUGACAAAUGCUGCAGGCGGACUCAAUGAUAGUUACAGUGUGGGAGACAUCAUGCUCAUCAAGGAUCAUAUCAACAUGCCUGGCUUUGCCGGUCAAAACCCUCUGUGUGGGCACAAUGAAAAGAGGUUUGGACAGCGUUUCCCUUGCAUGUCUGAUGCAUAUGACAGAGAGCUGAGGGUCCUGGCCAGGCAAGCAGCGGAGAAGCAGGGCUGCGACAGCUUCCUCCAGGAAGGUGUUUACUGCAUGCUGGCCGGACCAACAUACGAAACCAUUGCCGAGUGCAGAGCUCUGCAGAAGCUUGGGGCUGAUGCUGUGGGUAUGAGCACUGUUCCUGAGGUGGUGGUGGCUCGUCACUGCGGGCUGCGUGUUUUGGGUCUGUCCCUUAUUACCAAUAAGGUUGUGACAGAUUACGACAGUACCGAAAGGGCAAACCACACGGAGGUGCUGAGGACUACCGAGAAACGAGCCAAGGAUCUUCAGAGGCUUGUUAGAGACCUCGUCUCUAAGCUGUAAUAUUUUCCUAUCUGAGAUAUGUUUAAACUUAAAAAACAACACUGUUGUUUCUUUGGUGGUGGGACAAAUGUAGCUUUGAUCAAAAGGUGGAAAGUGUGUGCAAACAUGUCUUUAUGGUCUUCAAAAAUACAGUAGGUUUUGACAUAUUAUAGGAUAACGUCAUGGGCUUGAACAGUUUAAAGCUUGCAAAUAUAAAAAGAAGCACUAAAACAAUGAAACUACUAGGGCCUAGUUUACAACUUGUCUUAAAAAUGUUCUGGCCAACAAUUGUUUUAAUAUAUAUAUAUAUACAGUAUAUUGACAUCAGCUUUGGCAGAUCUGACUCCAAAUCAGUUGUUAAUGAUGCUGCUAAUCAGAAUUUUCUCUAAGACACUUUAAUUGUAAGUUGGUACAAAUCCAUGCUUUAAUCUUAUUCUACAUGAUUGUAAAACAUCUCAAAAAGAGGUACUUCCUAUCAAAUGUUAUAGGCUUUACAACAAUAAUAUAUGUUUUUAGCACCAGAGUUGAUGAUGGAAACAGAGAGAACGGGUGCCAAGCAAGCACUGACCCACGAUUAGCACUGGAACCAGUUUGGUAUGAAAGCCAUAAGAACAUGAAGAAAAUAAAAUAAAAUAAAAAGGUUCAGUCUGAUUUACUUAGAAACUUUAGUACCUACUGAGACAUUCUGAGGAAGCCUUUCACCUGAAGAAAAUGUUAUGUUUUGCUAAGCUCAAGGAAACACAUCACAGACUUGUUACAUUGGUGCAACUGAUAAAAGGGUUGGUUCUUUGAUUUUUGAAAAAUACUUUUAAAUUGUUUUUAUCUUUAAUUGGAUGCCCAUGGAACACAAAAUAAGUCAGAAUCGAAAGUACAUGUUGUUGUACAGUGGAAAAGCUUCUCGUCAGUGAUCCUAUAAAUCAGCAAAUAAUAAAAAGAAUUAAUAUAAUAAACAAUGAAUCACUGACAUGAAAAACUACUCUAGACCACUAAUAUUUACAUAUGAGGAGGUAGAGGUGCCCGGUUCCAUUUUAUUUGCACACUAAGCAACGACAGAGCUGUAACCACUGGGAGCAGUUAUAAUCCCUGGACCUGCAGUUUUCAAUCUGCUCUGAGCUGCCUCGGAAACACUUGCCAGCUUUCCUUGACCGUCACAUUCAUUAGAGCUGAAAAGGGCAAAAAUAUCCAGAAUCAGCAGUCAACCUCUUAGACCAUUUGGAUCAGGCAGAACACCAGGAUGUUAAUGGUAGUCUUAAAGAGAAAUUACACUCCAGAGGAAACAAACAACUUGUCCUUCAUCAUGAGGAAACAUUUUUCUCUGACAGGGCUACACAUACAUAGAACUCACAAGGGUGUUAUUUUCUGUAUAUAUAAACUGGUAUGACUCACAGUUUGGAACUGUUUUUGUCUGAUUUUUAUGUUCUUCCUCAUUUUUGUACCAAUGCUGUUUUGUGCAUUUGUUUUAACCCUACUUGCUGUAUCUACGACUCAGGUUUAAAACCAGUUCACUUAAAAAAAUAACGUGCACAAUGAAAUAAUUUGCUGCUUUCAAAUAAACUACCUUGCAGAACA